GCCGCAACAUGCAUUUUAAUUUGAAUUAGCGUGCAUAAAUCUAAAAGUCAUCCAAUUUACAGAAUGGACCCACGAAAUCUCACUGUUGUACCCCUUCAACAGCCGAUGAUCGACUCUGCACCACCAACAGAUCAGCUCCAAUGCCUGCUGAAGUGUAGAAUCCCGCCAACGACCCCAAGCACGCCCGAAGAUCCUCCGAUGCCCUCUCCUCAAGCUUUCCGUGGUCCAUGUUGGUGCCACUGCCGCGUCCCAUGACAAUCAGGCUGGGAGUCUUACUCUCCUCACCCGAUGUUUCAGCCGCCGCCAUGGUCACCAAAUCCUCCGCAGUCGUGAUGCCAGGAACAGUCCGGAUGCUUACCCGAGACGCAGUGUCGGCAGGCAAGUUAGACGUAACUACUUCGAUGAGCUCAUCCGACGAGGAAGAGCCUGCUUGACCCGAGCUCGAUACACGUACGAUCGAUGCGGUUGCUUUGGAGUUUUCGCACAGCUGAAGAACAACACGCAAAGCCAACUGGUCAUCUUCAUCUCCAAAAUAAGCCAAGAAGAUAUGGUACGGUUUGUUUCGGAGAGGAGCGAUCGGCAUGUCCUCUCUCAUCACGCCAAACGAGUACGUUCUGGCUAAUUUGCUUCCCUCGGGCCCUUUACCUUUGCCCACACCACUUUCGCUACGAGAGAAGAAAAUGGCCACAUUAUGCAGUUUGAUUUCCAAGACAGAUUUGACAAAACUGGCAUACACGGACGAGACCCUUUGGUCGACAGUUUGCGCCGACAGAAGUUGCGUGUCGCCCAUGCCACCUGUUUCACUCCACGGGACCAGGAGCAGAUCAGAAGACAUCUUGCCGGCCUUGGUUGUCAACGCUUCCGAGAAGCGAGUCUCUGGCAUGACUGCCACUUCGCCAGACGCUGCCAAAUUGUGAAGCUGCCCGACCGUGCGAAAUGUGUUUACAAUCGGAUCAUGGCGACUGUAGUCGGCGACCUGGGACACUGUCAUGACAGACGAGUCACGAUCAGUGAGUUGAAGAAGGCGAAUACCAUGUGCCCAAACAGCUCGCUUUGGGCCCUCAGACAGAACAUUGUCCUCAGCAGUAUCGUUCCCGGCAGGAUCAGUAUUUUCCGCUUCUGGCUCGAUAACAGUUUGACUACCAAACAGCGACAGCAGGUUCAGCAGUGCCGGCAAACUGUCCAAACGGAGAUAGACCAAUAGUCGACCGACGCGUUUCAGAGAAGACUUUUGCCGAUCUGACUCAGUUUCACUGGAAGAGCGAAUUGGUGCACCUGUAUCCCAGUCGAUUUCACCUCGCUUCCAUGCCUCAAUCUUGACCUGGUACCAAGGAGGAUACAAAAAUGAAACGAUGGGGGUUGUGCCGAAUGUUGUCAAAAGCGCCAUAACAACAAAGAUGGUAAACGUUCGUUGGCUGAGAAUUUGGGCUUGCAAGCCGAUGUUCUGAACAGGGAUUAGUGCUUGUGACAUGCAACAGCCUACAGGGACUUACAAGCACAAUCAAUUCGACGAGACCCUUGCAACUCAUCAAAACACCAAUGGUAAAAGACUCCCGCCAUACUAAGCCGUUCAACCUGGCAGCCAUAGAAGCUCCUAGAAUCUUACUUAUGAACGCCACGAGAGUUGUUGCAAAGACGUAGCCCCAUGCAAGACCAGAGUCAAGCAACCCGAGGUUGGUGUUGAGUCCAGAAAGCGUAAAGUAAAGCGGGAGGAAGAUGGCACCAAUUAGAUCUUCCAGCUUUUCUGUAACGCGAAUGUUGAAUCGAUUUUCUCGAGGAAUAAUGAGGCCAGCCAUGAAACCUCCGAAAAUGGCGUGGACGCCAAUGAUGGCUGUGAAGAAUGCCGAUGCUAGUGCGAUGAUGAGGAUGAGCGAAAUUAUACCCUGGGAAGGGUCGCUGUCAAUACUUCCGCUGCGGCGGAUAAACCAGACAAGUGCUGGUUUUAUGAUAUAUACCAGCAACAGCAUAUAACCAACACAUGCGAGCAAUAUCCAAAGGGCAGUGAGUCCAUUGCCGGCAUUCACAAGUGCGACACAGAGCGCAAGAAGAAUCCAACCUACUGGAGUUAAUAUGGUGUAGAGCUCGAGGUUAAUUCGUAGACCUACCGACAACGUCAUUGGCGACUCCAGCAGAGAGCGUAAUAACACCGACCGAAGUAUCCAAGAGCUUGAGUUCUGUCAAGAUUCUGCACAGGACCGGAAAGGCCUGAUGAUAAUUAGCAACUGCACUAUUCGUGCCAAUGCGUUGUUACUUACCGUGAUGGCAAUAGCAAUACCAAUAAAGAGCAUGUACACGCUAAAGGAGAUCGGCUUUAGGCCACUGUCCUCUCUGAAAGCAUGGUAGACACCCCAUGCGAGCGCACAGCCGAGACCGAAAGGAAGGGCGAGGCCAAUGAAAGCAACCGACGAAGCCGCUCUCCAGUUCCUAACCAGAAAGUGGACGUCUGUUUCGAGGCCGAUGAGGAAAAGAUAGAGCACCAAUCCCAGGUUAGCAACGAGAUUGAGAUUCGGGAUGGAUUCCUUUGGGAAAAUGGCGGCUUGGAAUCCCGGGAUUCUGCCCAUCACUGAAGGCCCAAGAAUGAUUCCGCCGACAACCUCUGCGAUAACGCGCGGCUGGCGAAUCUUGGAAAGUGGCCAGUGCAGAGCAUGGCAAACAAGUACGAUAAGACUGACCUAGGCAAGGUUAAUUCGAGAAUGCUUGACCAAAGACAAUGAAUGGGCAGCUUACUUGGAUGAUGAAAAGGACAAUGGGGUUACUGGCUUGAUACAGAACUGGGUUCAUUCCCUCCAGAAUACCACCUUGAGGAGUAACUCGCUGGGCGCUGCUCGAGGCGGCAGCGACAGCCGAGACCGUCUUGGUCACCGUCUGAACGCUGAUCGAAGACAUCCUGGUGCGAUUGUUUGUGCGCGGUGACUCUUCAGCGUCGUCUCCCAGUCCAGUAGCAAUGCGUGAAAAAAGGUUAAAAUGCAGAGAGAAGAGUGCUGACGGUCCCCGCCGUUUAAAGUCUGGGGCUCUGGGACCCUUCAAAAAGGCGGCUCAGGCCUAGAUUGGGCGAUUGCGGCGUCCAUCACACGCUUGACAGAUGGCUUCGCCACAGCGCCUCGUUCUUGGGGACAAAGAAUAGGCCAAUGCGACCGUGGGUGCUGAUCGCCGCAGCGAGUCAGACGGUCUAGAACCGGCGCUGCCUACCUAGCUGGCCAAGCUUUCUCGCCAAGCCUAGCUGUCAGAUGCGUCGGUAGUUCAGCAAUUAAAAAAACGACGAGAAGCUACAAGAUGGGACGAAUGUUGUGCUUGGUUGGUAGUCUACAUGAAGCUAUCGUGUUUAUCCUUGUCACCGGUGUGUCGUAUUGCAUGGUUGACAAGACAUGCAGCUGACAGCCACGCGACGACGUCGUACCCCUCCAAACGGCCGGUGAGCAGGAUAUGACAUGGGCCGCGAUAAGCGCUCAUGAUAUUUCAUCCCUUGCGUGCGCCGAGCCUUGCCGCAUUCAAGCAAAGGCGUUAAGUCGCCAUCAUGCGCUGUCCUAUGAAUGACGUAGAUGGCAAAUCCAGACUACGCAUCAACAGAACUAACUACUAAUAACUCUACUCUGGAUCUAAUAGUCCAUGCAGCAACGUUGACGCUAGUAGACUAUUCGGUGGAGAAGCUGUUGUGGUCAAGUCAAGUGAUUGUCUACUACCGCAGUACGCGAUAUGCGGGUGCUUGUUAGUCAAAGUUGGUUUUGCAGCGCACUUGGAGACGAGCCGGCCGAGGAUGUUCUCGCUAAAAUUACCUUCAGACGAACAGGGAUAGUAGAUUUUUGGUGCUAAAUCUGUCUCUGGCACGUUGCGCCAUUCUUCAUCAGCGCCAUGCUCCGGGUCGCGUCAACAUGUCUCACUUGUCCCCUCACCGCGAUGGUCUUCUGUUGAGGUUCUCGACUUUUGUAAACUUGAAGGUUAAAUCUUUUCGGGUACCGCCAAAAUGAUGGAAUACGACCCAAUAAACCGGAAUCGAAACCAGUCCGUCUUUACAGACACGACGUGCUAUGAUGAGGCGCUAUCUGUACCCGAGAAGCUGGCGCUCAUUCUUCAGCAGAAAGGCAUGGUCGCACGCCUAACAAAACUCAUGUUGAAGCACCGACCCGGAAAGUUUGUCCAGUUACACCCGACGUACUAUGGUAGCUUUAAUUGCUGUUUCCAUAUGGAGCUUGAGGAUGGUCAUGUUGCUAUGAGGAUACCACUGCCAGAGAACUCGAUCGAUGCAGAGCGCAAGAUGCAUUCAGAAGCUGCCAUUAUGCGGUUAGUCGCCGAAAGGACGACUAUUCCGGUUCCCAAGAUAUACCACUGUGGCACUGGAAGAGAGAACCCUACUGGUCUUGGCCCCUUUAUCAUCAUGGACUACGUUGCCCACGAACGUACCAUGGCUGAUCUUCUACAAGCCGGGGCUGCCAACGGAUCACCAGGACCGAGUGCUGCUAUAGAUAAACAGCUCCCCCACGAAAUGGUGCGACGCAUAUACGGACAAAUGGCAAAUAUAAUCUUACAGCUGGAUAAAAUCACCAUGCCACGUAUUGGUAUGCUGCGUCACGACAACACCAACAACCGAAAGCGCAAAUAUGCCGUAUCAGGGAUGCCUAUGACCCAGAACCUGACUGACGUAAUCGUCUUUGGGGGCAUGCCGUCUUACUUGUUGGAUAACCGAUCUUAUACUUCCUCGUUCCAAUUUUAUAGCGCUCAAGCAGAUCUUCACAUGGCUCAUUUCCUCUUUCAACAGGAGACAAUAGUGGAAUCCAAGGACGACGCAAAGGACAAGUACAUGGCUCGCUUGCUGUUUCGCCGGCUCUGGCAACAAGGCAAAAUUAUUUACGAUGUACAAGAUGGCGUGGAAGAGUUUGCGGCGGAGAAGUUUAAGCUUAUUUGCGACGAUCUCAGCCCCAACAACAUUCUCUUGGACGACGAUAACAAUGUUGUAGGAAUUAUUGACUGGGAGUUUGCAUACUUUGGCCCAGAAGCGAUUGCUACUUCACCGCCCUGGUGGCUACUUCUGGAAAAGCCUGAACUCUGGCACGCUGGGUUCCAUGACUGGGUGACGCUCUAUCCGACUUAUCUCGAACUAUUCCUCGAGGCUCUGGUGCUGGAAGAGAAGAAGGCCGGCAAGAAGCCAGAAGAUAUUGCAUCAAAGAUUGAAGCACUCAGCAUUAGCCAUACAUCUCCGUUUGACGAUGUUACAAAAGGUACAUUGUCGCAGAAGAUGAGAGCAAGUUGGGAAUCAGGCGCAUUUUGGAUCAACUGGGCCUCGCGGCGUAGCUUUGGCUUUGACACUGUGUUUUGGAACUUUCUUGACGAGCGCUACUUUGGGCCCAAUGAAAAGGGCGGUUACGAAGGGCGAUUAUCACUGUUGACAAGAGAAGAAAAGGAAAUCAUGGACUACGUGGCACAUAGCAAGAUGAUGGAGAAUUACCAGACAGAUCGACGGCGAUGGCAUAGAGCAGACUCGAGGAUGUAUCUGAAAGCAAUCAUGGGCAAGAGCAGGGUAUAAUUAUAUAGUAACAACAAUAAUAGUAAUACUAAGAGAAAUUCCUAACGAACUGGUUAA